AUGACCUACACACAACAACCCCCCGCCAACAACGCCAUGACGGCGGUCGUCGAGCAGCCCGAGCCCGCCCACGUCUCGGUUGGCACGAAGCCAGGCGAUAUCGAGAUGGCGCAGCCUGGUGUUGCGCAGCCUAUGGACCCCAUGCGCCCCCACGACGACUCCUCCAUCGGUCUCCGCGGCGGAGAUCGCGGCGGCAUGUGUCCCGGCCGCUUUUGCUUCUGCAUUCCGUGCCCGAUACCGUGCGAUUGCUGCUUUAUUCCUCUCUAA